AUGGGAUGUAAUUCAUGUGAAAGGGAAUCUACUUUCUAUGCUAUUUGGUCUUGCUCGAGGGCUCAAGAUGUUUGGGGUGAUGCCAAUUCUUGUUUCCAGAAGUGUAGCUUACUCUGUAAUUCCUUCAUAUCCCUUUUUGAGGAGUGCAUGCUUCGAUUCUAUGAGGAUAUGGAGCGUUUUGUAGUUAUUGCUCGUAAAAUAUGGUUGCGGAGAAAUGCUUUCAUCUUUGAAGGUUCUUUUAUGCAUCCUUCUAAGGUUCUUAAAAGAGCAGAUACUUUUUUGAGUGAUUUUAGACGUAGUGCAAGUCGUGAUCUUGAACUAGUGCAUGGCUCUACGACUACAAGUGUUCGCAGACAUCAGGUUUGGUCAACUCCCCCUUUAAACUUCCUUAAAGUUAAUUGGGAUGCAGCCACUAAUCUUAGUAAGGGUUGUAUUGGGUUUGGGAUUGUUAUUCGUAACAAUAAAAGGGAUUUUCUGGGUGCUAAAUGUUUCAUGCACCCUCAAAAUCUUGAAGCUAGUCUAGCGGAAGCUCUGGUUGCUUCUUGGGCAAUGAAAUUUUGCUUGGAGAUGGGCUUUCAUGAGGUGAUUUUUGAAGGAGAUUCAGCUCAGGUGAUAACCAAUAUUAGAGCUCCUCUUCCCCACCUGUCAAAGCUUUGCCAUAUAACCGAAAGUAUUGUUCAGGAACUCCACAAAUUCAGGUCAGCCUCCUUUGUUCACGUUAAGAGGGAAGGUACUAUAAUGCCCCAAAUUUUAUUAGACACAAUAUAA